GUUUUGAGGAAGUAACAGCUGGGUGUUUUCUCUACAGAUGAGGAAUGAAAAUCUCUUCAUUUGGAUGAACCAAUGAUGACGGCUGUUAAAGAGCUGCUUUUGGAAACACUGGAUGAUCUGGGAGAGGAGGAGCUAAAGAUCUUCAAGUGGUUCCUACAACAGGCUGAAAUCCUGGAAGACUUCCCAGCCAUCCCAAAGAGCCGUCUGGAGAAGGCUGACAAGCUGGACACACUGGACCUAAUAGUUCAGACCUACAAUGAACAGUCUGUGGAGGUGACCAAGAAAGUGUUAACAAAGAUCAACAGGAAUGAUCUGGUACAGAGUUUGUCCAACAUCGGUUCAGGACCCAAACAAGUUGUGCAGGAUUUUGGAGGAAUUUCAGAGAUCAGCAAAGCAUGUUCUGCUUCUCUUCCUUACCCUUCCACCAACAGCAGCCAGACUGAAGAUUUGCUGGAGCCACAACCUGACCCUCCAGAACUCAUUGCAUUAAAUCGGUGCACGCUCCAAUCACACCUCCAGGACAGGUUUAUGUGUGCACAAGAAGGGUGGACAGAAAGGAUGGAUAAAAAACAUCUAGAUGACAUCUACAUAGAGCUCUCCCUCUCAUAUGGGAUUAAUGUAAACAUCAACAUGCAGCAUGAGGUCAGGCAGGUUGAGAUGGCAUCAAGACAACCAGCGGGAACAGAGCAACCAAUCCAACCCAGUGAUAUCUUCACACACCCCUCUGGAAAAAACACACCUGUGAGAAUAGUGCUGACCAGUGGGAUUGCAGGAAUCGGCAAAACAUUCCUUGUACACAAAUUCAUCCUGGACUGGGCUGAAGGAAGAGCCAAUCAAGAUGUGCAUCUCACAUUCCCCUUCACCUUCCGCCAGCUGAAUUUACUGAAGGGCAGACGGUUUUGUUUGGCAGAGCUCAUUCACAAAUGCAUCCUGGAAACCAAAGACAUCCGGGUGGAGGAUCUAAAUGACAUCUUCACAAAACUACAGGCUUCAGGAAACACCAACUAUGACAAGAGUAAAUUCAAACUUCUGUUUGUGCUUGACGGGCUGGACGAAAGCCGCCUUCAGCUCAACUUUACUGAUGACAAAAAUCCUACUAUUGAUGUGACACAGGCAGUUGGAGUAGAAAUCCUGCUGACUAGCCUCAUCAAGGGGGAACUGCUGCCUUCUGCUCGCCUCUGGAUAACCACACGGCCGGCAGCUGCCAAUCAAAUCCCACUUGACUUUGUUGACAUCAUGACAGAGGUGAGAGGGUUUACUGAUCCACAGAAGGAUGAGUACUUCAGGAAGAGAUUCAGAGAUGAGGAGGUGCGUGGCAGAAUCCUCUCUCACGUCAAGGCAUCACGGAUCCUCCACAUUAUGUGCCACAUCCCAGUCUUCUGCUGGAUCACCGCUACAGUUCUGCAGGACGUGUUGAAAACCAGUGACAAGGGAGAGCUGCCCAAGACCCUGACUGAGUUGUACACAGAAUUCUUGAUGUUUCACAUCAGACAGACGAAAGAAAAGUAUGGCACAGAGAAGACAAUUCAGUACAUUCAGGCGCUCGCAAAACUUGCUUAUCACCAACUGGAAAAAGGGAACCUGAUUUUCUAUGAAAAAGAUCUCAAAGAGAGUGGCAUUGAUUUCAACGAAGCAUCUGUCUACUCAGGAGUGUUCACGCAGAUCUUUAAAAAGGAACGCCGCUUGAAGGACAAGGAUGAGCAUAAGAUGUUCAGCUUUGUCCAUUUGAGUAUUCAGGAGUUCUUGGCAGCUGUUUAUGUGGUGCAGUCACUCAUUAACAAGAACAGAAAUGUAAUGGUGCAACAACAACUCAAGUUCCAAAGUGUGCAGAUGCUUUUCAGCAAACCAUCUAUAGCAGAGGUCCAAAGGAUGGCUAUUGACAAGGCCUUAAAGAGUCCAGAUGGGCACUUGGACUUGUUCCUCCGCUUCCUCCUGGGUCUCACCCUAGAGACCAGUCAGGAUAACCUACAAGGCCUGCUGAAACAGACAAUAAGUACUUCAGAGGCCAAUCAGGAAACAGUGCAGUACAUCAAGGAAAAGAUCCGGGAGAACCCUUCUCCAGAGAGAUGCAUCAACCUGUUUCACUGUCUGAAUGAGCUCAAUGAUCAUUCUCUAGUGGAGGAGAUCCAACAGUACCUAAGUUCAGGAAGUCUCUCCACAGACAAACUCUCUCCUGCCCAGUGGUCAGCUCUGAUCUUCAUCUUACUGUCAUCAGGAAAAGAUCUGGACGUGUUUGACCUCAGGAAGUACUCUGCUUCAGAGGAAGGUCUCCUGAGGCUGCUGCCAGUGGUCAAGAACUCUAAUGUAUUCUUCCUGAGUGGCUGUAACCUGUCAGAGAGAAGCUGUGAAGCUCUGGCCUCAGUUCUCAGUGCCCAAUCCUCUAGUCUGAGAGAGCUGGACCUGAGUAACAACAACCCGCAGGAUUCUGGAGUGAAGCUUCUCUCUCCUGGAUUGAAGAGUCCAUACUGUAGACUGGAAACUCUACGGCUGAGUGGCUGUAAACUUUCCUGGAGAAGCUGUGAUGCUCUUGCCUCAGUUCUCAGCUCUCAGUCCUGCAGACUGAGAGAGCUGGACCUAAGUAACAACGACCUUCAGAAUUUAGGAGUGAAGAUACUUUCUGCUGGGUUGAUGAGUCCAUGCUGUAAACUGAAUACACUCAGGUUGAAUGUGAGCAACCUGUCAGAGGGAAGCUGCGAAGCUCUGGCCUCAGUUCUCAGCUCACAGUCCUGCAGUCUGAGAGAGCUGGAUCUGAGUAACAACAACCUGCAGGAUUCUGGAGUGAAGCUGCUCUCCACUGGACUACAGAGUCCACACUGUAGACUGAAAACUCUCAGGUUGUCAGGCUGCCUGGUCACAGAGGAAGGCUGUGGUUCUCUUGCCUCAGCUCUGAGCUCCAACCCCUCCCAUCUGAGUGAGCUAGACCUGAGCUACAAUCAUCCAGGAGACUCAGGAGUGAAACUACUGUCUGCUGGUCUCGAGGAUCCACAAUGGAGCCUGGACACUCUCAAUGUGGACCAUAUUGGAAUGUGCUGGUUGAAAACUGGUCUAAGGAAGUAUGCCUGUGAAAUCACCCUGGACCCAAACACAGCCAACAGAUACCUCUCUUUGUCUGAGGACAACAGAACGGUGACACUGGUGAGAGAGUCGCAGUCAUAUCUUUAUCACCCUGAGAGAUUCCACCACUGGAAGCAGCUGCUGUGUACAAAUGGUCUGACUGACCGCUGUUACUGGGAGGUGGAGAGGAAAGGGUGGGUAUCUGUAGGAGCGACUUACAGAGGAAUAGGAAGGAGAGGAAAAGGGGCUGACUGCUGCCUCGGCCUCAGUGACACGUCUUGGAGCGUGUGCUGCUCUCGGGAUUGUUACUCUUUCUUCAACAAUAACAGAAUGGCAGCCGUAUGUACGACCACCACUGUUUCCGACAGAGUAGCGGUGUAUCUGGACUGGCAUGCCGGCUCUCUGUCCUUCUACAGAGUCUGCUGUGACACACUGAUCCACCUCCACACCUUUAGCACCACAUUCACUGAACCCCUCUAUCCUGCAUUUGGGUUUGAGUAUUUGAUUAGGUUUGACUCCACAGUGUCUCUGUGUCAGAUGAAGGAGGGAGAGCCGCCUCCUGUAGACAAACACCAUUGCUGAAACAAAGAUGCACAGAUCACACACAUAAAAAACAUAUAUGUAGGCCUAUGUAUUUUCAUGUCACAAUGCAAAGUCAAUGUCAGUGUCGUAGGUUGCUUUCACACCAGAGCAGUUUGGUCCAUUUUAAACAAACCUUGGAGCGGUGUAAAAAGCUCAUUCAAACUCUGGUGCUGUGGUAGAAAAAGUAUGCUCUUAUUGUAAAUAUUUUAUUAAAUAUCAUUUUGUUAAGUUUAAGUCUUGUAAUGUCUGUCAUAUAAUCAAUUAUAAUCAAGAAAUCAGAUACAUGUGUAUAUUCACUUUUACUUCUAAGUAAUGUAGGUUUAGCAAGAUUCACUAUUAAUCAUGUAUCAAUAUAGGUGGUUAUUCAAUUCACAUUGUGUUCAUGUUUUAAAUUAGUGUAUCAUGUUUAAGCACAAUUUAGGCUCAGCAGUCUCAGAUAGGAUACUUUUGUCUGUGUUAGAGAGACAGGAUGUGCAGGUUGAAAGCUAUAUUUGGUUGAGCAAUUAUAAAGUUAGGGAGAUGGGAGUGAGCUAACGUAGGGAUGUUAGCCUACAAAGGUGUAUUCUGUCAGUGAGCAGAGGAGUUCUCUCUUUGAGACAAAGGUGAGAUAGAAAAGUACGAUAGAUAUAAAACUAUAAAAACGUACAUGCAUCGCUAUGUUCCAAGAUAAUAUGAUCAAUGACACAGAAAUAAUUAAGGUAUUUCGACAUGUAUACACAUGUCUUCCACUUCACUAAUUAGACCAUGCUCAGGCUAAUAUAAUCAGUAAAAAAAACUAUCAGUUAUAAAUAUAAUAUUUUGAUAUAACCUGUGUGGGAAAUGGUGAGCACCCAUAAUCUCCAGAAAAAGCUGAAAUGAUAAGUAAUAAUUCGAAAUACACCAUCUAUUUGACUAGCAUAUACAUAAGAACCUAACAGACAAUGAACUGUCUGGGUCACUAAGACCUAGGUGCACUUAAGAAAGGGAAGCAGUGGAGACAGGUAGGAAGGAAUAGAAUUAAAAAUAUAACCAGUUUAAGGUCCUUCUUAGAUGAAGGAAACAUGAGGUAAUUGUGAGCAUGAAUGUGUCCAACUGACACCGCCCAAAAUGCUGUAUAAAAAGAAAGUCAUAUGAAACUUAGAUUCAGUUGUCUAUUCGAUUGACUAUCGCCUGUAGUCAGUUGAUGUAUCCGGGGCAGCUUGGUUUACUUGUUAACAUGUAACUGUUGCAAAUAAACCUGCAUGGAGGUAACUUCUGAAA